AGUAUUCAGUCAGAUACUUUUCUUUAAAAAAUGCUUGUGCUCUCAUUAUUAUUGGUCGUUAACAUUGUUUGCACAGAAGCUCAUAUCAAGGUGUCGCAAUACCCUCGGAGUACCAACCGGAAAGUAGGUGAAAGCGCAAUUUUCUAUUGUGGAGUCGGUAUUUUCGAAGAAAACCCAGGUGUUGAUGUUUACUGGUGGAGGGUUGGAGACAAUGAGUUUCUGCAAUCAGUGCCUGACCAAAGGAAACGUUUUUCGCCAAUGGAGAGAGGACAGGCCACUUUUCAACUCCUAAAUAUCAGUGUCGCUGACCGUGGACUGUAUUACUGCGGAGUGAAAAAGGAGCUUGGACCUUUGUUAAAUGGAACUGGGUCAACGCUAAUUGUCCAUGUCUCACCAACUCCAUUACGUAUUGAAUACAAUGAAACAGAAAAUAAUGGUUCAGCGGCUUUCAUUUUUGUAUGUACAACUGCUGAAUUCUACCCAGAGCAGAUCAACAUCACUUGGUACAAGAAUGGUUUGAUGAUUGAGACCGGAAUUAAAACAACAGUGCAGUUAAAUGCAAAUGGCUUGCAUGUAGCUUCCAGUUCUCUGGAGGAGGUAUCGCCUGUCAAGAGCGGGACUACUUAUACUUGUCAGGCCAGCCAUCUUACCGUCCAAACAGCAACGGACUUCCGAUUCAUUGCAGCGAGAAGAACGAAUAUUGGAGGACCCAAAGGCAGAAAGUGGAUUGUAGUCUAUCGAUCAGCAGGAGGUGGGUUCCUAAUUUUGUCCUUCAUAACAAUCACGUGGGUAAUAUCUCGAAGGAAAUUUGCAGGAAAAAGGGAAUCAACGAAGCAACCACCGCCCGCUGAAGACCAGACAAAGCAAUUAGGAUCCAAAAAAAUGCAACGUAUGCUGUUUUGGAAUUGCCGGAUUCAAAGAAGACAGGACAGUUUGAACGUGAAGACAAACGUUCGGAAUAUGAACAGCUGCAUUUGAAACAUUAUGGAAUAAUACGGAAGUCAUCUACAAUGAGACGAAAGA